AUUUUACAAAGAAUGCCGAAGCUGUAGGUAUAGAUUUUAUAUCAAUCCACGGUCGUACACGUCGCCAGAAAUCUACUACACCCAUAGAUAUAGACACUAUAAAGCUUUGUAAAGAAUCUCUGCAAAUUCCUGUAAUAGCAAAUGGCAAUAUCUUUUCCUUGAAAGAUGCAAAUUUAUUAUACGAGAAUACUAAGGUUGAUGGAGUGAUGGCAGCUCGGGUGCGAAAGUACUCCUUGGGAAUGUGUGGAUAG